AUGAAAAAUAAUCAAAGGCUAGGGCAGGGCCUAUCUGGGCUAAUAGCAGGUCAUUCCCUUGAUACAUCAGAUGAUCAACAGCAGGAAUCUUUACCUGUUUCAUUGUUGCAUCCCAGUAAGUUUCAGCCCAGAAAAUAUUUUGAUGAGGAAUCACUAAAGGAGCUUGCGAACUCAAUAGAGAAAAGUGGCAUUAUACAACCUGUUGUAGUGCGUAAAGAUCCAAACGAAGGUGGUUAUGAAAUAAUAGCUGGGGAACGCCGCUGGCGAGCUAGCAAGAUUGCAAAACUUAGUAAUAUUCCUGUUAUUAUUAAGGAUUUAAAUGAUAAGGAGUGUCUAGAGAUAUCUAUAAUUGAAAACGUGCAAAGGCAGGAUAUUAAUCCAAUAGAAGAAGGGGAUGCGUAUAAAAAGCUAAUAGAUGAAUUUUCUUAUACACAUGAAGAAUUAUCUACAGUUAUAGGUAAAAGCCGCAGCUACAUAACUAACAUGAUCAGAAUGCUGCUGCUUCCUGAUAGUGUGAAAUUGAUGAUAAGUGAAAAGAAAUUAUCUAUGGGGCAUGCAAGAGCACUAAUCAAUGUUGAAAAUGCAGAGGAGAUUGCAGAAAAAAUAGCUUCUCGUGGUUUGAGUGUUAGGCAAACUGAAAAAUUAAUAAGAGAUUUGCACAAUACACAAGAAAAGCAACAACAGCAUAAAAAUCAAGAUAUAACUGCAAUAGAGAGUACUAUAUCUUUACAGUUAGGCUUGAGUGUGAAGAUCAGCGACAAUAAUUCUCAAGGUGUAGUUACUAUAAAAUAUAACAGCCUUGCAGAACUGGAAAUGAUAGUAAAGGCCUUAACAAGUUAG